AUGUCAGACAUCUGGAUCAGUAUAAACCAUCUUCCUGAAACCACAACGACGACAGCGCCACAUGCAGGUGAGAGAAAAGGUAAGAGGUUAAAGAGAAAGAGGCACCAAUCCGAGAAGAAAAGCAGCACGGAGGGUGGAUAUGAGAGCAACAACAGGAUGAAGAAGCAGAGGCGUGCUCAGCGUUGGAACGGGGCGCCGGCGGAGCAAUCGUCAUUUUCUGCUUCCACUAACAACAACAGUUUACGCCAUCCAGGCAGCACGGCCAGAACCUCAGAGCGCGGCUACGACUCUUCAACAUCUGCACCAAACAGCAACUUCUUACCCUCUUCAAGCAGCACAGCGACCUCUGACUGCAGACCUUCAGGAUCCAAACCAAACAAGAACCUUUCAGUCGGCGGGUUUCCACACAGCAGCUCCAGGCCGCCGGCGUCCGCACACAUCCAGCCUUCCUUCACGGUCACUGUGAACAGCAGCGAGCGCCACGUCAAACCAAAGACACCCUGGAGCUCAGGACCAGCUGCUUCCACCCCUGCUUCCUCUGCAUCGAGCAGCCAUAAACAGCCCACGGCGAAGACGGCGGCCGCAGGAAUCCCCACCAAGUACCUGGCGAUCGAUUGUGAGAUGGUGGGGGCGGGACCAAAGGGGAGCAUCAACCAGCUGGCUCGCUGCAGCGUGGUGAAUUUCGACGGGGACGUGGUCUACGAUAAGUUCAUCAAGCCCUCCAUGCCCGUCACCGACUACCGCACACGAUGGAGCGGCGUCCGGUGCAGUGACCUCAACAAUGCCACGCCGUACGCCGUCGCCAGGAAGGAGGUAGAGUUUUCUGACCCCCCUGAGUUUGACGCUUAUCUCACAGUCUCUCAUAAGAACGUGUUUACUGAGUGAAGCGCUCUGAUGUUUGCAGAUACUGAAGCUGCUCAACGGGAAGGUGGUGAUCGGCCACGCCAUCCACAACGACUUCAAGGUCCUCGGUUACUCUCAUCCAGCCGCCAUGACCAGGGACACGUCUCGAAUCCCUCUGCUCAACCAGAAGGCCGGUUUCCCCGACAACCAGAGCGCCUCGCUGAAGAGACUCACCAAGGCCAUCUUCAACAGAGACAUCCAGGUGAGAGGAGAGCGUCGCCACGGACACGCCAUCGAGUUAUUGACCUCGUAUUUUUACAGUCGUCACAGUCAGUUAUGUCCACGGCCAUGUUUGUUUGUGAUUAAAAACAAGAACUGUUGCUGCGUUCGAGUUUCCUCGGAGGUGAAAAUGACGUCACACCUGAGUUCCCAGCGUUUCAGUUACAAAGUCGGAAAAAAGCGAAAUUUUGGGCCUGAAACAGGAAGUGCUAAAAUAACCUUCAUAGGUGUGGCCAUCUUGUUUCUGCCUCCGAUUUCGCUUUUUUCUGACUUGGGAACUGAAACGCUGGGAACUCGGGUGUGACGUCAUUUUCAGCUCCGACUUCUGACCUCCGAGGUGACUCGAACGCAGCAUCACCUGUAAGGAUGACUUUGACAGCAGAAGAUGAUCAGCCUGAGUUUUCAGCAACUGUCUGUAAAUACGAUCCAGUGUUGUUUUUGGCAGGCAUUUCAGAUUUAGUUUUAGUCUUAGUCAUUUUGACGAAAUGCUUCCUCGUUUUCGUCUAGUUUUAGUCCGACGAAAACUCAAAAGGUUUUAGUCUAGUUUUAGUCGACGUAAAGGUGCCUUUUGAGGUUCGUGGUGUUCUUUCCCGACAGUUUGAAGCGGCAGCAUGAAGAAGCUGUGGCUCCACAACUGUCGUCUGUCUCGUCUCCCCGUCUCGUGUUUUAUUGUCACUUUUAUUUUAUUGUCACUUGGACUGUAUCUGAAGUAGGACCAAAAUCAUCCCUCUUUUUUCGGCCACCGGGCACCGCUGCUGUGCCUGCUGCCACGGUGUGUGUGUGUGUGUGUGUGUGUGUGUGUGUGUGCGCGCCUCGUCCACCUGCCGCUCUGUGCAUGUAUAUGAGUGUGUGCGCGCAGCUGUGCGCGAGCGAGGCUUUUGGUGCGUGUGUGAUGGGGGCGUGACUGUUAGGACAAAAAAAAGCAUGUUCUGAAACUUUGUUCGUCCACCUAAUAACAAUUUAGUCUCGUCUCGUUCUCGUCUGAUGAAAAUCAAUACAGUUUUCGUCACAUUUUAGUCUUUACAGAGCUUUGGUGACGUUUGUCUUAGUCUCAUUUUCGUCAAGGAAAAAAGGGGUCUGACGUCGUCAUUUAAGUUUUCGUCCUGCCUGACGAAAACAACACUGAUACGAUCACAUUAUUCCUCAUCAGUGUCCUUAAACUUCUUCUUCUUCUUCUUCUUCUUCUUCUUGUGUCCUCAGACCGGAAAGAGAGGUCACUCUUCCGUGGAGGACGCUCGAGCCACCAUGGAGCUUUACAAGGUGGUGGAGGCGGAGUGGGAGAGGACUCUGGCGUCCGGUUCAGGCCAGUCAGCUCCAGGUUUAAAGAGACAAUCUGGAAAUAAAGAGAGCGUAUAAAGAUGAUGUGGAGUGAGGCAGGUUUGUGUCUGAGGAUGUGACAAAACUGGAAACACGUCUGCUCCCACUUUAAAUACUGAGAGAGGAAGAGAAGAACUGCUCAGGCUUUCUCAGGGUAAAAGGAGCUGCAGCCACUAGGGGGCAGUCUUAUCCUCAUUCCAACGACAGUCACACCACCUUUUACUUUCACACCACUAAAGUUUAACUCGUCUCUGAGCCUCGUUCUUCUUUCAGUACAUUUCUCCUUUUUUUUCUCAUUUUCAAACUCAGUCUCACGUCUUCAGGUCUCUCGGUGCUCUGCAGGAAAAUCAUCGAUGUAUUUGAAACACGGGGCUGAUCUUCCCUGAGUUUGAUUUUAAAAUGAAGAUUUUUAUACCGGAAGCCUUUUAGUGAAACCGAAGAGUAACCUGCAGGAUUUACAGAAUAAAUGUUCUGUAUUUGUGCUGAAAAAUCUUCUCUGAUGGAUAAAAGAGAAACCGUGAACAGGAUCAGCCCACGUGUGUUUGAGUGCUCUGUAAUGUGGUGAAUGUUUCUGCUGAAUAAACUGUAAUACUGCCAUACUGUUAAAGCACACAGAAGUCUGUUGAAGCUGCAGCCUCUUUAUCUGCUCACAGUGAAAUCUGAACCUGCAGGUUUUUUCUGUUUCUGUUAUUUUCUGCUUCACACUGACUCCAGAACCUGGUCCUGGUCUGCUGUGACCCAAACCCACAGGAGGGAUCUGUGUCGGCUAAACUGUGAGUAUUAAAAGUUGAACUUUAAAGUCGGGGUGCACUGAUCACAAUUUUUAGGCCGAUCACGAUCUUUAAAAAGCUCGACCUGCCGAUUUUGGCCAGUAACGAUUUUUUUUAUGUAACUGAGAACAUCCACCUCUGAUGCUUCGAUCUUAUUUGAAUGAAAAACGUGGAAAAAAAACAAACUUUUGUGUUUUUUUAACUGAACAUAAAAUAAUAAUCGACAGGACAAACUGACAACAACUUCAACCACCAAGAAACUGUCCUGGUUCAGGCUUCCUCAUGCUCGGAUGAUUGUUGUGUGUGUCGCUGACGUACGGGUGUGUGCACGUGACCUGGUGGGCGGGCCUGUCAUUCUGGCAAAGCAAAAAGCUCCAAUGGCUGACCUUCAGACCUUUGCUGAGGUCGGUAAGAUCGGAGGAUAAAAUCGGUUUCAUACGUAAAGAUCAGCUGAUUUCUGUUCCCCCAAAAUUGAGGAAAUCGGCGCCGAUCAAUCGGCCGGCCGAUUGAUCGUGUUUAUUUAAAAUUAAACUUUUCUUACGGCUCAUGACAGAGUUUCAUUAAAUGUUCAUAUAUUGUGUAAAAGUCCCGUUUCUUGUUAAAUUUGAGUCCUGAGAAGAUCUCCGAUCAGCUGAUGAACUCUGAACCCCUGAAGAGUCUUGAUCCUCUCGGUUCAGUCCACAAAACCACGAUCAUGGUCCAGACUGAAGGAGUCCAGAAGACCUUCAUUGACUCCCAAACAAAUCUCUCUUUAUGUUUGAUGAGUCACUUCACUUUUUAAAUUCAUGAACUUUUUCAUGAUUAUCUGUUUUUGGUGCAGCUCCAAUAUUCAAGAUGCAACUCUUCAAACUUCAACGACCGCCUCCUGUCCAAACUUCUCUACUCUGAACUUUUGAUCCAUAUAAACGGUUAUAAAUGUGAGUUUUUGACCCGUCUCUGUGUGUUUAAUGUAAAUCUCUGAAAUCAUCGAGCCUCUGUUGAGAGCUCAGGAAAGCUUCGUCCUUUCCUCAGAUCUGACACUAAAGGAGCGUCUCACACGCUCUCCUCUCCUGUUUUAUCCUCUAGCAUGUGUUCGUCCUCAGAGGUGAGCUGAUCAGCAUUUUUUCCCUGCUGUGAAUCCAACACCAGCUCAUUAAUUAUACAGAACGCCAUCCCUCCUGAAACAAGCCGGAGCAGACACAGCUGCUGGCAGCCAGCGGCUCAUUAAAGAGGAACAAAAACACAUGAACUUCAGGAUGAUUCAGCAGCAGCAGCAGCUCUGUUUUCUCUUCUUGGAGGCGGGUUUGUGGGAGACUCGAGGGCAGCCAUCCAUCCUGGUUUUUGGCAGAAUCUGGAGGAAUCGGGUCUUUUCUAAAAGAGUUUCUACAACAGACAAGUCCAGUGUCUGUUCUUUGUCUGCUGACCUAACAGGCGUCUGAAAACCCCCAGGAUCACCGGAGAGCGGGCCAAAGCAUCUCAUGGUCACAGUCUAAGAGGCUGGCAGACGGAGGAGGCUGAAGGAUCUCCUGAGAUACUUGGAGAAACAAGAGCUUCGUUCAGAUUAUGUAAAGACUUUUUGAAUUUCCAAAAUCAGCGUUUAAGUUUGAGGAGUUCAUCCAAAUCUCUGAAUCCGCCUCCGCCCUCAAACCUCCUUCUAAAGCUCAGUGGAUCUGGUGUAUUUACAUCUGUGUCACUAAUUAAACCUGAGACUUACAUCAUAUUAUGUGUUCACCUGCUGUAUUAAUAACACAACAAACAACUCUGUCAGUGGAUUUUAUGGCCCCCCCUGGUGGAGUUCUUGGAAGGUGGACUCAGCAGAUUUACCUUUCCACACAAACAUCCCCCCGGCACCAACCACCUGUGUGUAAUUCGGUUUUUAUUACUCACAAUCAAUCCGCCAGGAAUUUGUCUACUUAGCAUAUUUCCCAGUUAACCUGAGGGCGAAGACUGAACGGAAACACCGACUCUGAAAGUUUGAUUUCUAAAGAUUAACGGAGAGGAAAAUAGAACUGCAAUUUAACAAAAUUAAGGACACUUUCUUAAAUCAAUCAGUCUUUAUUUAUAUCACACUUUUCAUACACGACCAUGUAUCAUACAGUGAUUUACACAAAAUAAGGAAUAAAAGAAACAAAGAAAACCCACAUCUACCCCAAACCAACCCCUCAUUCCAACGGUCUAAACAGAAUCAGAAACAGAAUUAACAUGCAUGAACUGAAAGUGUGCACUGAGGAAACGUCAUUUUAGAACUCAAGGAAACGCUGGAGGUUUCAAAUCUAAAAACAAAAUAACAAAGAAGGAAAUUUAAGAAAUAAAGUGAAAUAAAAACAACAGUAAAAGAAACUAAAAUAAGAGCAUUAAAAUAACUCAAUAAAAGAGGAUCCUGUCAUUAAAACUAGAAAGAGAUAAAUGUAAAAACACUUAAAGUUAAUGAUAUAAAAUGUAGUUAAAAGUGAGACUAAAAAGGUUUUCAGUUUGGUUAAAUGUUGAUAAAAACAGAUUUUAAGGGUUUGUGAAUCAUUUUAACCCGAUUUUUGAUUAAAAGUUGUGCAAAGAAAACUGAACUGAGAGUUUGAUCACUUCAUGAGUAUUUUUAGUUCAUUUAAACUUGAUGCAAACAACAUGAAUCUCUGCAUGGAAAGAACAACUGGACUUGAGACGUUUCACCUUUAUGAUCAUUUCUUCAUCAUUUCCUUGAAGUAAUAAUCACCAUAUUGAUCAUUUUACAGACGCUGUAGUUCUUCUGUCUUAGCGUCUCGGUCUGAUCGUAUUUCCAUGAAGAAAUGAUCAUAAAUGUUCUUCCUUGAGCUGCGGCACCCCGCUGUAGUCUGUAAUGGACUGGCCUGAGGUCUUGCUACAAACAAGCGUCUGCUGGAAGAGAGUAGGUGAGUUGUGUUUAGUCUCUUUGCUAAAGAAAUUAGUCAAAGUUAAAAAGAUGUUUGGUGUCUAGUACUAUGUCUGUGACCCUAUAUGUCCUGUUGAUGAAGCUGUGUCCCUGAAGGUCAACAGCCUCAUUUAUGAAGGUUAUACCUCAGUUGGUUCAAUUCCAGCUCCUUUUUGUGUGUUUUUUUAAUAUUAUCAAAUCUUUUGUUUCUUGAUUUUAUUUUUUUCUGCUAACUUUAAAACUUUUACCGCGUUAGUUUCCAUAAAAUGUCUUAAUGUUUCAGCGUUUUUAUGAAGACUUUUGUGCGGCUGAAUAAUCGUUAUUCGACUUUAAUAAAUGUUUCAACAUCAAGUAAAUUAUUUUCUGCAUUUGGUUUAACCAGAGACUGUAUUUACUCUGGACAACUUUGUUCGCCUGUAUACGGAUUUGUAGCUGAGAAGUUCUCUGUAAUUUUGUUUUUUUCUCCACUUCCUGAAACCAACUUUGCGCAGUAGCGUUGUACGCAUUCAGCGGGAGAGUUGCUGGGAUGACACUUGGUUCAAACGGGUGAUCUACUCAAUCUCUGUCCUCCCAUAGGCUGUAUCAGGUGUCAAUCAUCGAAAACAUGAACCCCCUAAUAACUUUUAAAAAUGGAGCUGUACAGAAAAAAGAGGACUUGAGCACAAACCAGUCUGACAGUAACUACAUGUCAACAUCACAACCAGGGGGGAGAAACAUUUAUAUUCUGAGUCAUUCAUUUAUAAAGUUUGUCCACAGCUCCAUAAGGAGGCGGGGUUUAUGACCUAUACUGCAGCCCGUCACCAGAGGGCGCUGUUCUCAGAGUGAGGAGGCAGACGGCGUCUAUUCUAGAUACAGUCUAUGGAUUUAAUGUUUAAAGUCCUCUGGAUUUUUUUUACGUUCAGGUCCAGAAAACAGAAACUCUGCCCCCUAGUGGACAGAAAAGUGUGAUACUGCAGCUUUAAUAUUGAUCAGUUAUUAGUCAAAAAUGUCAGUUCAGGGUAAAAUCAGUCCUCCUUUAUGAAGCUCCUGUACAGACAGAAGAUAAGACUGUUAAAGAAGUUAGUGAUCAGCAUCUUUGAUUUUUCACCUCUGAGUCUGUCCUUCAGGGAUUAUUUAAGGAGGAGGAGGAUGAAGAUGAAGAGGAGGAGGAGGAGGAGGUGUUGGUCCUUUAACUCUGCCCUCAUCAUCACCACUCUCCUCUCCUCCUCUCCUCUCCUCCUCUCCGGUCAGAUCCUCGGUCUCCUGGUUUUGCAGGUUUUGAUGCUGAAGGACUUUUUGGAGGAAACAGGAAAACCUCGAGCUGCACGUGCCUGGACCGGAGGCUGCGCGAGGACACGAAGAAGUCUGAUAAAGAUGAAGUAAGUCUCUGACUUUUCCGAGCUCUGUUCGCCUCAUUUCUCUCUCUACCUGCAUUUUUACAAACUACACCGCGGAACUAAAACCUUCUGGACAGUUUUUAGUCGUUUUGAUUAUAAAUAUUUGUGUUUCAUGGCGACAAUUUCGAGGGAAUGUCUGAAAAAUGCGUGAAAGUGCGGGAUGAAGCUAACCGCAUCACCUGCUGCAGCAUCAGUGUUUCUGUGGCAGAGGAGAGCAUGUCGGUGUGAACAUACUCUGUUACACUGAAAACAAACCAGAAGGGAAACAUGUCUUUAGAAAAUGGAAAUAGGUGUUUCAAAAGUUUUAUUUUUUAAGAUAAAGAUGGAUUUUUUUUUUAACAAAUGCAUGAAUGUUUUUAGGGAUGAGGAUGAAAUACUGCAGCAUGUUUUAAUAAAUAUGUAUCUGAACUAAUCUGCUGUUACUGCCUUAAAAAAACAUGAAAAACUAGUAAUGAAUAGAACAGAACCAAAGAGAAUAGAUUUAAAUCGUAUAGAACUAAAAGUAAUAGAAUCAAAUAGAAUAAAUUACAAUAGAAUCAGAGAAUGAAAUCAACCGAAGGAUCGAAUAGAAUAGAAUCGGUUAGAAAAGUCAACAUUAGAUCAUUAAAAGAAAGAUAAGCAGAACUUUAUGAAUCCCUGAAGAUAAAUUCAGUUGUCUGUUGUCUCACAUAAUAAAAAGUUAUUUAACAUUUACAGCAGAGUGAUGAAGUCUGAUGUCUGUUGGUCCAAAGAUCUUCUGAAUCUUUCUGUCCUGCAGCGAAGAGAGAGGAGCCGUCCACCACCAUCGGUCCUUUGGACCAUCAGGGUGUUCAAAUACUCAAAAUAAUCAUAAAAUAAAAUACUGUAGAAUAAUAAAGAACCAAACAGGAUCGAUUUCUUUUCCUUUACUGUCGUUGUGAAACUCUCCAUCAUGCAACAUUCAUGUCAUGAGCAGACGACACAGUUUAUGCACAGCUCCACCUGUCCUGCUCCAUAAACUGACCGUUUCACAAUGAACAACAAUCUCGGACACGUCUGUGACGCUGCGUCACCACCUCCUGACGUAAAGUCCUGCAUGUAUGAGAGCACAGAGCGCUCUGUGUGUGCAGGUCAUGAGGAGAAAUAAAGAAGUGAAAUAUUGGAGAGUCUGGAUCAUCACACACCUGUUUGUGUGUCUGUGUGUGUGUCUGUGUGUGUGUCUGUUUGUGUGUCUGUGUGUGUGUCUGUGUGUGUUUGUUUGUCUGUUUGUUUGUCUGUUUGUGUGUCUGUGUGUCUGUCUGUUUGUGUGUGUGUUUGUGUGUGUGUUUGUGUGUCUGUGUGUGUGUCUGUUUGUGUGUCUGUUUGUCUGUUUGUGUGUCUGUUUGUGUGUCUGUUUGUGUGUCUGUUUGUGUGUCUGUGUGUGUGUCUGUUUGUCUGUGUGUGUGUCUGUUUGUCUGUUUGUGUGUCUGUUUGUGUGUUUGUGUGUGUGUCGGUUUGAGAAGUUCAGUUUUGCACUAACUUGGUUUCUCAGUGCCCGUAUGUGUGGUCGGCUCUCAUUGGGUGAAGCAGGUCAGUCGGUUUAAAGAAUCACUCAGUAAGUUUCCUCUCGGUCAGAUCAGACCGUGUUUGAAGUUUGCUGAUCCUGAUUUGGCGUUCAGACCGUCGCUCACAGCCGCACUUUUCUAACCUACGGUGUUUGUCACCUCUUUUAAAGUUUACCACGGUCAGCGUCUAUCAGCUGAUCAGACAUGGCCGCCUGCCGCUCCCUCCGGUGAACUCCACGUCCCUCUCAGCUCUCCGUCAGGCUGCAGCGACUCUCUUUCUUCCUCUCCUCUCUGCCGCUCUUUUCUCUCAGGUCUCCGGUCCUCUCAGCCCUCCCUGGCGGCUCCCGGCUUCCUGUCAGAUUGUGUCAGUGGGGGGGGGGGGGGGGGGGGGGGUGUUCAGGUUGCCCCUGGUGAUGGGCAGAACGAGUCAGUUGAGGUGGCGUGAUGUGGGACGGGUGGGCCCGGCGUGAUGGAGGAGCUGCCCGGGGGCAGGAGGUUGAUGGCGGCGGUCUGUUCACCCCGUGAGAAAGCGGAGGGGUCCAGCAUGUCUCAGCGAGCGGUUCUGACCCCUUUUCGAUAAAUCCUAAAAGAUGGAGACAAAGAGAGGCUGUGCUCAGCUCUGUGGGUCGGACUGAAAGACUCUCAGACUCGAGGUAGACAAGGUCACCAGGUUUGUCCCGGUUUACCGAUUUUAGAUCCAGAUCCUUCAGAUCCAGAGUCUUACUGGACCCACAUUUACAGUUUUACUACAGUCUGUUUUCCAGGUCAGAAACUGAGAAGCUGUUUGUGUUUCUGUGUGAAGAGACGAUGAGAGAGUGAUGAGACUGUAUUGAUUCUAAUGAUCAGUUCUGAUAAUCGAUCCAGUUCCUUAUCGAUCCCUCGUCUGAUUUCAUGGAGUCUCUGUGUGGAUAAAAGUCAGAAUAUUCAACCUUCUGUGACAACACACGUUUAUGAUUCCCAGACUGAUGUCUGAUUGGGCCUCUAAAGGUCAGCUGAUCACGAUUCAGCCUCUGGUUGGUUGACAAACCAAAACAAAGAUGGCCGCCUCCAUCUCGCAAAGUCAGAAAUACCAGAUUUGAACAGAUUCAGACGCUCUCUGAAAAGACUCCAGUCUUCUCUGUCGGCGAGUCGUUUAACCGUCUUUUACUCAGACUCUCUCUCUCUCUCUCUCUCUCUCUCUCUCUCUGUUUGUUCAGGUUAUAAUGUGACUCUGUGUUUUUAAAUGUUUGUAUCCAAGUGUUUAAAGGGAUAUUCUGCUGUAAAAUUAAUUUAGGGUCAAACCCACCGAGUUAGACCCCGCCCCCUCCAGAGAUGAAUGUUGUCGACCGCUUGCUUCUCUAGUUAUACCAACUUUAGUAACGACCGCAGGAUAGAAAUACAGAGAGCCACGCCCCCAACCAAAACGCCACUCUAUAGCCACAAAUAAUGCUCAGAACAGGACCUAACUUCAUCAACAGGACAUAUAGGGUCACAGACAUAGUACUAGCCACCAAACAUCUUUUUAACUUUGACUCAUUUCUUUAGCAAAGAGACUAAACACAACUCACCUACUCUCUUCCAGCAGACGCUUGUUUGUAGAGAGACCUCAGGCCAGUCCAUUACAGACUACAGCGGGGUGCCGCAGCUCAAGGAAGAACAUUUAUGUAUUACUACGUCUAACCCGGUGUUACGGUGUGUUUGACCCUAAAUAUCCUUUAACUUCACGACAAAAGCAGCUUUAGACCAUCAACUCCUGAAGUCUGCUCCUCCUUUCUCUGAUGUUUUCAAACACUUACAGUAAAAAAAAUGAACUUUUAGUGAACAGACUUUAAUCAGGUACAAAUUCAGCCUCCAGUUGAAGAUCUGCGGACACAGUCUCAAAAGUUUUGGUUCCUUUGAGUCACAUAGAUCCCUGAAUACUAAAACAGCCUGCCUCAGGUUUAGUUAUGUCAGUAUUUCUCUAUCAUGACCAAGUGGGAACCUCUGGUGUUAAGAAAUUAAACCAGAACAAGAGUGCACUUCCCAGAGUGUCCACUAGAGGCUGACUCCUAAUGCCCAGGUAUCCCCAUUGACUCCUGUAUCUAAAGGCUCAUUUUAACAGCUAAAUUAAACACAUUUACAUUCUGGUUUAAAAACUGCAAAAGUUCGACAAAUCACAACUGAGGAUUUUGAACCUUUUUUAAAUUUGGUGAAUAAAUACUGUCUGCUGGAGUUUAAUUUAGAGUUUAAUGAGCGUACAAACUUUGGAGUUGUUCCUAAACAAACUCAGAGUCACGUUGUCUCAGAGUAAAUCUGUGAUUUCAGAGCCUUUAUGAAGAGAUAAAUCUCUCUGUUCUGAAAAAAGUCAGGUUGUCCUCUCUGCUGGGUUGGUGCUGACACAGACCUCAGAGAGACUCCUCAGAGUUUGAUGGACCAGAUAUGCUGUACUUUUCAUCACGACAGCUUCCUGCUGCUUCUGGUUCAUUCACUUUUUCUGCAUUCAGUCAGAAAUACGGAGACUAAAGGUCCUUACACACCGGGCGAGAAUUCGCCAAGCGAAUUAUUCGCCUUUUUUAAAAACAGCAUAAAUUCAAUGCAAGCUUCCACACCGGCGGCGAUUUUUCCGCGGGGCGAAAAGCCGCUUUUAUUUUUUCGCUCCUGUGUCGAAUUUUUCGGAUAUUCGCAGGCGAAUAUCUGGACCUGCUAGACCUCUGGCCAAUCAAAAGUCAUGUUGUUGAUGACAUCACAGACCCAUACGGCUGGAGUAGAGGGAGAAGUUUGAGAUUAUGAAAACGCAGACAAAGACAGCUGAGGUGCAUCCAAAACUCUUUCUAAUUACUAAUGAAGUAGUUUUCUCACAAGAUGACACUCUCUUGUCUUCCUUAGGAGACAGAUGUCAUGUGUCAUGUCCGUGCCGCAAAGCGACUUUAUUAAUUCGCUUUGCGAAAAUAUACGCAUAUUCGCUUCGCGGCCGGUGUGUGUAGUCGAAAGCGAUUUUUCGGACCGGCGAAUAUUCGCAAUUUUCGUCUCGCUUUUUCGCUUCGCUCCGCAAAUUCGCCGGUGUGUAAGGACCUUAAAUCCUCCAGAUUGUUAUCCUGGUGGAGACUGUCAAGGACACGGAUGGUAGUUGUAGUUUGUUUGUCUCUGUGUUGGUGUGAAUCUCCUCAGAAGUUCUUCAGAAGUUCCGUUUUGGUCCCAGUCAGAGAUAAAGUAAAGUAAACUUGAGGAACUUUGUCAAACUCUGUUUUUUUAACCCUUUAAACAGCAUCCAAACUUAUUUAAAUUCGAUCUGUGCAGAAAAAUCUUCAGUCUGUAUGAAUGUAAAGUCCUCGUCGACUUAUUGAUGGAUACGUGCUGAGUCGACCACAAUUCUGAUUGGUCGACUUGUUUUUGUCCGAGUCAAUUUACAGCCUAUGGUUAAUGUCAUCAGGAGGAUCGUACCAAGUGCUGAUGGGGGUGUUUUCAGAGCACCACAGUUUCACAGGUAACAGCCGGUCUCAGAACACCCCCUCUGAUAUCAGGAUAAUAUCAGACGAUAUUUUGGUGAAAUAAACCUGAAAUAUUAAAGGAAGGCAGACAAAACAUAAAAAGAUGAUAAUAAGUCAGACAUUUAAAAUUAAUGAAAUCUGGAUAAAUAUCUAAAUAUGUGACUGUGGGCACUUAUUUAUUGUUAAAACAAGUUUAAAAUCCUUGAAAGGAAGUGGGCGGAGUCCCAAGAACUGAACUCUUCCUUCACUAAAGACUGAUUAGUCGAUUUUUGGUCGGAAAUUUCAGGGUUUUAGUCGACCAAGAAUUUCUGUGGUUGAUUUCAGCCCCACAGUCUUCGAUAACUUGUCCUGUGAUCAAUAAAUAAAACUGAUUAUUUCUCAGGAAAAGACUCAGUUCAGGUCUGAAGUCCAGGUUCCUGCUCUGAGUUGAUGUUGAGAAGUAUCAGGAUGAACCUCGUCGGGUUUGUUUUCGAGGUUUUCUGGGUCUUUAAAUUCGCUGACGGCUUGUUUUGUCUGAGUUCUCCACAGCAGCACCAGUCCUCUCUUUACACACCGGGUAACCUGACAAACGGGCCAAACUCUCACAGAGCUGCUGCUGCUGCUGCAGUCCUUUAAGAAUGUAGUCCACCCCCUCCUCACCCCCUCCUCACCCUUCCUCCCCCAUCCAGCCUUAAAUGACCUUCCCUGGCAAACCGAGCGCUCAAACAUCCCCUCUCUCUCCCUCUCUCUCUCUCUCUCUCUCUCUCUUUUUUUUUUGGCCCUUUCUGCCUUUUUUUCCUCAAGGUGAAGUCAUUGACUAUUCAGCCACUUGCGAUGCCUGUCUUUGCACUUCUGAUGUUGCCUGGGAUGCAUCCUCCCUCCCUCUCUCCUCUCUCCUCUUUCUCUUCCUCCCUCCCUCUCUCUCUCGCUCAGCUCUGUGUGUCGGUCAGAUAGUGGAGAAGUUUGAAAUGAGGGGAUGUUUGAUUGGUCGAGGCCUGUCAGGAGGAGAUAAAUGUGUCUGUCUCUUGUCUAUUGGCUGUAAAAAAAACCUCGAAAUCACUCUGACAGGAAGCGGAGAGUUUGACGGUUACUUUAUCCUCCAUUAUGAGGAGAUUUCCUGCUCAGAGCUGCUUCCUGCCACCUCAUCCUACUUCUCUUUAUGUUGAAGUUUCUCCUCGUCUUUAAAAACAGACAACAGGUCGUCUAAGAGGAAACCAGAACCUGGACAUGAGUCUGUAAUUUGGUCGGCUCAGCUUUAUCCCAGGUGGCAUUUCUGUCAGAGCCAAAUCACAGCAGUACAGAUCUGCUGAGAGGUUAUUUAAUAAUCCAGUUUUGAUUAGAAAUCGGCCUCAGCUGAGUCGACCAAUCAGACUUUGACUUGAAUGUUUCUGUCAAAGGAGACGUCUGCGAUUCGACACUUUUCACCUUCAGAGUCCUCAAAUCAAAGACUCACCUGUCUGGAUUUGAACCCUGACGGUCUCGCCCUCGUAGAUGAGGACUCACUGAAGUGUCAAAGGUCACCAGCUGUUUUCUGUUUGUGUUGUAGGGCUGGGUGAUACGUGAAAAAGUUUAUCAGGAUAUAUUUAUUUUCCUAUCAGCUGAUAUCGAUCAAUAUCAGGAUCUAAAAAUCUAACAGUGUUUAUUGGUCUCAUGUCUUUUCCAACACAAUAAUCUCCUGCAUCUGUGAGGUCUUUGUGUCUCUUUGGCGUUUUGUCGUAAGGCGUCGCUCUAGAGAAAGCCGACUGAAUGGUCGUCUGUUUCGGCUCCUCGCUCCUCUCGGGGUUUGUAACCUUUUGCGUUGCGCGUGCUCUGCGGCGUGGCGCUGCUUCAGGUGGUGAAAAAGAUUUGAGGUAUUCCCCGACUUUGUGAGAACAUGUACUCGACAUAAUUUACAGUCCACAUUACUCUGCUUCAUGUCCGACCUCCAAAAACCAAAAUACCUCCACACCACCGACGUUUUCCUAACGCCAGUGUUGUGGUUGACAUUGAUGUGGUCAUCUGUUGAGCCUUCAUGGUCAUUUCUGUCGGGGGUAGCACUCAUUUUCUUUGUUUCUCACCAACAGUGCUGUCGGCUUCACCUGUUAAAGUGCUAUGGUUGGGUGGAGCUGCUGUCUGCUACGACGCUGCAGUUGGUUGAUACUUGGUUCUAAUUCAGAACAUGAUUGGUUCAGACCCGGAGAAACUCCCCUUUUCAUUGGCUGUUCGUAUAGCCGACCAAAACAUGACAGAAUGACGAUUAUUGAAAAGGAUAUUGAUCAUGUUUUUUAUCGAUUUUGAGGAAAUUAAUUUUGGAUAUAUAUCGUUAUGGUUUUAUCGCCCAGCCCUACUUUGUUGGUUUGUUUGUUUUGGAGUCAGUUUCACUGUCAGACAGUCGGAUUAAAGUUUUCAUGACAUUUAAAUAGUUUAUUGAACUAUAUUCAGGAUGAUUUAACCCUCUCCUGCACCUCUGUAUGCUCAGCAGGUUUAUUUACCUUCAUAAUUUAAAAACUCAGUUUCCAAAACAACAAAGUUUGUGUAAAAUAUUGAUUAUAAAGCGAUUUUAACUGUUCGUAAAUAGUUUAAACCUGAUUUUCAGUUUAAAACAGUCAAAAGAAAAAGUCAAAUAUUGAAAAAACUUUAGAGAAGGUAAAAAAACUGGAAAAGUUGUGUAAUGUUAAAAAAAACAGCUGGAGGAACUUCUACCACCUAAUGAGGUUCAAUUCCAACAGGUUAGUCACAUGACUGCGUUAAAAACAGACAGGACUCUGGAGUGGGGGUCGCCGUAUAGACUUAAAAUGCCUUUAAAACUGUGAACUCUGGACCUGAGUCCUUUUAAGGUGGACUGAGAGGAUGAUAACAGAAGUGAUUGUCUGUUUGGAAACCUUUCACUCUCCGCUCUAAAGAGAAACAGACGAAAACGGGGAGAGUUGGCUGUAACUGUUCGUGGGUUUAGAGGUCUGCAAAAACUCCAACAGCUGAUCAUUAUAGACCGCUGUGACUGGCUGUACAUGUCUGAGUCCGUCGGUCCAGGAGUUGGUCAGCAGGUUUAAAGAAAAGAAGAAAGAGAGAAACUCAAAGCAGAGCAGAGGUGUGAACAAACGUACGGCGAGGAAACGGGAGAACAAUCCAACAAAGAAAAACAGGAUGGAGAGACGGACUUCAGAGAGAAAGUAGUCCAGGAUGAAGGGGGGGUAAUAACGGUCAGUCUGGUCAGGUUGGUUUUGGGCUUCAGUCCGACCCUCCAGGGAGUUUUAGGGAAUCAGGAUUCAGAUCACAGUCUGCAGCUCCUGAACUCACAGCAGAGGGAGAACCAAGGACACACUGAUGGUCCCUGUGUCUGUCCAUCCGUCUGUCUGUCUGUCUGUCUGUCUGUAAAACACGUGUGUGUGUGUGUGUACAGACACAUACAGUAUGAACAUGACACACACACACACACACACACACACAGACAGUGAUGAUAAUUAUAAUUAUUAUUAUUAUCUGGACUCUAAACUCAGUCUUUCUGGUUGAUUGUCAUUUUUAAUCCACCCCCACAGACCGGAUGUGCUCCACCCUCUGCUGCUGUUCGCCAUCUGUCUGCUCGUCCUGCCGGCGUCCUCUACCCCCCAACACGACUCAGGUACGCAGCCCUCCCUCUGCACCCCCUUCCAUUAAAUCAUAGGUGACCUCUGACCUCUGGGGCCGGUGGGUACUCUUUAAUCACUCCUGUUGCAGGUUGUUUCUGCUGACACACACACACACACACACACACACACACACACACACACACACACACACACUGUGGUGGAGGUCGUUUUAAGAAGGUGAGCUGACGGAGGAAACAGCUUCUUCACUCUCACUCACAUCUGCAGGCGAAAAUUACAUGACAUAUGUCCGCGUAUCUGUGUGUACGCACACACACACACACACACACACACGCACACACACACACACACACACACACACACUCACACACACACACACACACACACACACAUAAAGAUGGUUUCGAGGACACACACACACUCACACACACACACACACACACACACACACACACACACACACACACACACACACACAUAAAGAUGAUUUUGAUGACACACACACACACACACACACACACACACACACACACACACACACACAUAAAGAUGAUUUUGAGGACACAUACACACACACACACACACACACACACACACACACACACACACACACACACACACACACACAUAAAGAUGAUUUUGAGGACACACACACUCACACACACACUCGCACCUUUUCAUCGUGUCUGUACAGGUUCAAUGGAAGUUUAAAGCUCCUAUAAGGAGUUUUUUCACAUUUAAGAAACAGACUGAAAUUCACAUCAAUGCUUUUUCAUGGUGACCAAAAGUAAACAAAACUAUCAUAUACAAAACAAACAAUUUCUAUAUUUUCAUUUUUUAUGCCUGAAACCAGAGUGACGGGGGGGGGGGCGCACGCCUGAAGAAACAACUUUUUUUUAGCCUGAAAUUUUCACAGUAAAUGAUCGAUUUUAUUGUCUCAAGUGGGGCAGGAGGAGAUUUGUUAAUUAAUUUGUUAAUAGAAAUGACUCAAGCAUACAGGGGAGGAGAUAAACAAAGACCGCUGUGUCCACAGGGGGCGCCAAAACAGUCACUAACUAAAAGCUCCUGACUGGAGCUUUAAAGAAAAAGAAACGGGACUCAGCCAGGGCUGAAACGAUCAUGAGUACCUCGAUUACAAAAAAUUAUUUUCAAGUACUUGUUAAUAAACUCAAAUCGUCACAAUUUCACACAGAUUAUUUUCAAGGUAACACAACGUGCUUACGUCACCACGGUAGGGGGAGGAGUCAGUGGUUUAAGUUUUGCAGAGCGGGAAAAAUAAAUGAUGAGGCGGGCUUUUCUUCUGCAGAGCUCCAGUCGUGGGUGGAGACAGCGCUGCUCUUCACGCUCCUCUUUAUGCUCCUCUUUAUGCUCCUCUUCACACUCCUCUUCACACUAGCUUGUAGGCUAACAUCGCUGAUGUAGUAGAAGAAGCAGGUAACAUAGGAGAUAUUCAGCUCUGAGACACUAGCUGCGUUUCCAUUACCCAUAGAUUUGCGCAAAACGUAAAUAUCGCAAUAGAAAACUGGUAAUGGAAACACCUACAUUUCGAAAAACCUCCCAAAUAUCGCUAAAAAGUUUUUACGCUCUCAUGAGGUGGUUUUUCAGACGUGUCGAUAUAGAAGUAUAUCGCAAAAGUGUAAUGGAAACACUUUUCUCGCAAUUCUCUGUCACCGGACGUGACGUAGCGGGUCAAGUGACCAGUUCAUUUCAAGCGUAGAUGGCACGGUAUAUGUGGACGGGGGAGGAGACGGACUUAUUUCUGAAGUUUUGAAUUGUAUUUGUAUUUUUCUGAAGUUUUGAAUCCUCAAUUCGUCUGUGAAUUCCUCAUUAACGAUCCUCUCCCAGAAAUCGCUCAUCCGUGUUCGCUCCCAUACAUACGAGCUUUGCCUUUGAAUUAUCACCCGCUGCCUUCGUCUUCUGAUGACAGCAGCGGCAACAGCAGUAAUGGUCACAGAAAUAGCUGCUCCAAAACGAAAAAUGUUUUGUGUCUCGUCCAUGUUGGUGUGCAAAAAGGCUUAAGGAAUACGAGGUCGCACGGGCAGGAAGUUUACCUCGUUGCUAAGCAACGGCCAUUUAAACACGGCUCGCGAGAGGCAGACGGCUCGCUUAUGCACUGAACACCAUUCAAUGGAAACACCCGCAAAUCGCAAUUGUACUUUGUCGAAAUUUGAUAAACAUCGCUUUUAUUUUGCGAAAAAAUGUAAUGGAAACGCAGCUUCUGAUGUCUUUGGGGACAUAAUGAAAGUUAAUAUCAUAAUCAGCUUUCUUACCCGGGAUUUCCACCACAUUCGGAUCGGCUCUGAUCUGGAAAGCCGGAUGUUUUAUUUUGUGUCUGUGCCCGACUUCCUUUCCAGCACGGGUUAAUCUGUGCUGAAUUUAUCCGCCAUGCUCCGCCGGCGUCCAGAAAAAAUAGAACUCUUGAGAUCAGCUGAGGAGUCCGGCGAUCCUCAGAGGAACGGAAAGAAGUCGGUGUAAAUUGACACGUUAACUUGAAUGGUUACGAUCAGCUACGAUCGGAGGAUACGAGGAAAAAAAAAGGUUUAUCUGAUAACUUGAUUAAUCGAUGGAGUAUUCAGUAGAAUACUCGAUUACUAAAAUAUUGGAUAACUGCAGCCCCAGACUCAGCCCUAAAAAAAGUCAAAAUGAAGAGAAAGAAAGAAAGUGAAAUCUAUGAGAUAAAAAGGUUUAAUGACACUUCCUCAUGAUUGUGACUCUUUAUCUCAAUUAUUUAAACUUAUUUUCUCAUAAUUUUGACUUUUUAUCUUCUGAUUUUGACUCUCAGAAUUAAGAUUUUAUAUUUAGGAUAUUCUGAUAAAGUUUAAAGAAACUUGAAGAUAAACUUGAAAAACUUCUCCUCCUCCUCCUCCUCCUCAGAUGACUCCAAGCUCCUCCAGGUGACCAUCCCCUCCUCCCCUCCUGUCUCAGCCAUACUUGGCGGCCCCCUCACGCUACCCUGUCUGGUGUCUCUGGCUCACCCGCCGCCAUCGCCGUCCACCAACGGCCGCCACCACGUCCUGUCUCUGCCCCGCAUCAAAUGGAGCGUCCUGACUCACGGCAAAGAGACGGAGAUCCUGGUGGCCCGAGGGGACAGGGUGAGGGUCAACGAGGCCUACAAAGACCGAGCCUCGUUGCUGAACUACGCCGCCUCGCCCGCCGACCUCACGCUCAGGCUGGAGAGCCUGAUUCACAACGACACCGGCUUCUACCGCUGCGAGGUGCAGCAAGGUCUGGAGGACGCCGAUGACGUGGUCCAGAUUAAAGUCAAAGGUAAGAAGAGAGACCCUCUGUUUGAAAAACAGGACAAAAACCAGCAGAGACCUGACCACGGUCCAUGUCUCCUGGUUUUACAGGAGUCGUGUUCCACUAUCGGGACGCGUCCAGUCGCUACGCCUUCACCUUUGUGCGCGCCAGAGAGGCGUGUGCGGAGAUCGGGGCGGAGAUCGCCUCUCCGGAGCAGCUCCUGGCCGCCUACAACAGUGGAUACGAGCAGUGUGACGCCGGCUGGCUGUCGGACCACUCAGUCAGGUGAGCACCUGAGGAGACCAGGUCUAACAUCACAGAGGAGACUUUAGUCCGGACUUCGGUCCUGGCUGGCUCGCCAUUAUGUUGUAGAGAAUCAACGAGACUCAGUAAAACGGUGAACAGGAGAGAUCUGAGAUCUGAAGAGCAGCCUGGGCGUCUUUAUCGAACAAUCAGAACUAAGGCUGCACGAUAUUGGAAAAAAAUAAUAUUGCAAUUUUUUUCAACCCUGCGAUAUAUAUUGCGAUAUUAAAAAUACAGGAAUUUUCACCAGAUGACCUGAAUAGCACUUAAUGUUAUGCUGCACUGCUGAAAUCUUGAGGACAGUUAAUCUGCUCUGAUCUUACCUCUUUUUGUGAAUGUUAGUAGAACGGCUUCUGUCUGUCUCAGAGAUAUUUUUAGCUUUUAUUGUUCUGGGACGUUAUUGUGGAAACAGAUGAACACAGAAGACGUGUUUUGGUCGACAUCAUCCUUCUUUUAACCGAAAUUAUUCCAGAUAACUGACUUUCCUUUUCUUUUUGGCAACAAAUCUUCAUUUUCGGUGGUUUUCGCUUGUUCGUUGUUCAUUUUGCGAUCGUUGUUGUUGUUGUUAGCGGUGUUGUGCCGAGAAACGCAUGUCCUCCGAGAAUUGCAUGCACCUCGCAAAACGCGCACUGCUUAUAGUAGAGUGGUCCACGGAAAUGUACAAUUUAAAACCCAUACAGUUCUUAUUUGUUGGGCUAAACAGUCAUGAGUAAAGUUCCGAAAGUAAUUCUCAGCGGACACACGUCUCCCUCCAUGUGCAGAACAUGUGCAGGGGUGGGUUUUCUCCUCCCUGAUUUUGAUUGACAGCUGGCAGGGUAGUCUGAUUGGCAACUGAGAAGUGAGUCUGAUUGGCAACUGAGUUAAGGACGAAGGUGAUUGGUGGAUCGCUGCACAGCACAUGCAGAGUCACAUGCAGUGUAUCUCAGUCGGUUACCCUUGAAAUUAAAUGAGUUCAUUCACCUCCAAUAUCGCAGGCUCUGCGAUGUGACUAUCGCACACACGUACAUCGCUAUGACGAUAGUCAAACGAUAUAUCGUUCAGGCCUAAUCAGAACGAUGACAAAGAGAGUCUCGACCAGACCAAAGGGGAGGAGCCUCGAGCUUUUAUACUGCUGACUGUGUAUCUGAACAAAUACAUGUGUGUUACUGUGCAGCACAGCCCCUAAUGAGUGUGUGUGUGUGUUGAGUCAGCAGUGAGGGUCCUCUCUGGUUUAAUAUGUUCGUUAUUUCAGAUAUCCCAUCCAGAUGCCAAGAGAGGGCUGUUUCGGGGACAUGGACGGCAUGCCAGGAGUGAGGAAUUAUGGGUUGUUGGAGCCUGAUGAGCUCUAUGACGUCUACUGCUACGUGGAAAAUAUCCAAGGUGAGACGAUCCGAGUCCAAAUCUUCAUUUCCUGUAUUUUGUUUUUAGACGGAUCAUGUCCUGCCAACCCCCUUGUUUUUCCCGGGUCUCUCCCGUCUCUCAGACCUCUCUCCCUCUUACCUCCCAUAUUGUCAUUUCUCCCAGAAUCUCCCGUAGUUCGAUGGUCCACGUUCAUUCAUGAGUCGGAUCACUACAUUUGUCCAAAGUUUCCAGGUUUCUGCUGAGCCUCACAGACUCUGGAUUAAUACUGUGACAGUUUAGGAUGAUUCAAGUUUAGGCUGUAAACUUUAUUUAAAGAGUGUUUGUUGUUAAAUCAACACUUAAAUAAAAAGGAAACAAACCUGAGAUCGAAUAUUUACGUCGAUCGUCUUUCACCGUCUCAGAGUGAUGCGUUCAGGGCAGCCUCAGAUAACAGAGCGCUGUAUUUCACACACGGACGUUCAGAGAGACUCAAACAGGAGAGAGAGGAUGGAGGACAGAGGAGGACUUUAGUGUUCGAGGAAUAAAGAAGUUUUUAUUAGUUUUUAUUUUAUUUUUCCAUUUGUUGUUGUUAAAAAAGUCUGCAGCUUCUCUUUGACUUAUUUAGAUGAGUCAUUUAAUUACAAAUACUCUCAAAAUGAGCUCAGAUCCACCAGACGAGGUCGCCCCGACACCUAAAUGUCGUCAGGAAUGACCACGACCCCGAUCUGGUGAAACUGAUGAUAACCAUCAGCAGUAACAACACACCUGUGUCCGACUUCACAGGUGAUGUUUUCCAUGGCUCCGCCCCCCAGCGCUUCACCUUCUGGGAGGCCAAAGCCUACUGCCUGAGCCACGGGGCGGAGCUCGCCACCACGGCUCAGCUGUACGCCGCCUGGAACGACGGGCUGAACCUCUGCAGUCCGGGCUGGUUGGCAGACGGGAGCGUGCGCUACCCCAUCGUCACCCCCAGGGAGCGCUGCGGGGGAGGGGAACCCGGGGUCAGGACUGUGUAUCGCUAUAGCAACCAGACUGGUUUUCCAGAGGUGCAGAGUCGCCAUGACGUCUACUGCUUCAGAAGUAAGAGAGCGGCCAUCUUUGAGUCCAGAGACCGACCCCCCGGGAACCCGUCCUAAAUCUGCUCUUUUGUUCCAGGUGACCACGGCGCCUUCACUGAUGCCCCUCACGAUUUCCUCGCCACCGAACCCGAGGACAUCGGCCAGGACGUGGUUUUCUUAACGAAUCCUGCCAGCGAGGAGUUCAGCCUGAGCGAGGAGACGGAGAAGGAGGGCGAGGAGGUCCAGCGGGCGCAGACCGUCAGUCCUUUAAAGGAGGGUCCUGUGGGGGCUCAGCCAAUCACGGUGAGUUAUGAUGAGAGGUCAGCGCCGACAGAGGGCACCCACGAGUCUACGAGUCCGACAACGGGACAUCAGGAGGACCCGGAGGAACCGGAGGACCUGCAGGACACUGUAGAGGUCAUAGAGAGAGCAAACUACCCAGAAUCCUACCUGCCUGCACCUGAGGACCCCCCAGACACGGACCAUGAAGACCAUCAUGGACCGCCAACAGUUUCUCCAAAUACUGAACCCACUGACCACGAAGACCGGACCUCAACCUCAGCUGAUGAGACGACUCCAGCAGACAGAGAGACCUCAGACCCCCUGGACCCCCAGGACCCCCAGGACCCCCAGACUGAGAGCCCAGAUAGAACAACAUCUGACCCUGAUCUGGAGAGCUCCACCGUGGCGCCUCAAGACGGUGAUCUUCCUGUUCUCCAAGAGGACCACACCCCAGACAUGAACCUGGACCACGACUCCGAGACCGCCACACCUCAUGAAGGUCCAGAACAGACCGAAGAGACCGGAGCUGCUGAGGAGACCUCGACCCGGACCCCUUCAGCAAACACAGAAGAGGGCGGUCUUCAGUCCAGAACACCUGAGAUCCAUCCAACACAGGGGUCCGGGGAGGACAGGACGAGUCCGGCUCAGGAGGACAGGACGAGUCCGGCUCAGGAGGACAGGACGAGUCCGGCUCAGGAGGACAGGACAAGUCCAGCUCAGGAGGACAGGACGAGUCUGGCUCAGGAGGACAGGACGAGUCCAGCUCAGGAGGACAGGACAAGUCCAGAUCAGGAGGACAGGACGAGUCCGGCUCAGGAGGACAGGACAAGUCCAGAUCAGGAGGACAGGACGAGUCCGGCUCAGGAGGACAGUAUGAGUCCAGAUCAGGAGGACAGGACAAGUCCAGCUCAGGAGGACAGGACGAGUCCAGAUCAGGAGGACAGGACGAGUCCAGAUCAGGAGGACAGGACAAGUCCAGAUCAGGAGGACAGGACGAGUCCGGCUCAGGAGGACAGUAUGAGUCCAGUUCAGGAGGACGGGACAAGUCCGGAUCACGAGGACAGGACGAGUCCGGCUCAGGAGGACAGGACAAGUCCAGAUCAGGAGGACAGUAUGAGUCCAGUUCAGGAGGACGGGACAAGUCCGGAUCACGAGGACAGGACGAGUCCGGCUCAGGAGGAAGAGGAGACACUAAACCCAGGGACUCCAAGUCUGCAGGGUUUGGACCUGUUCGGCCCCUCUGAGCUGGUCCCUGAAACAGAUCCAGGUGAGUUUCUGUCGGGCUGAAAAACUUUCAUGAGAAUUAAGGAGAAUAAAUCUGAAGGUCAGUCUGAAGGUCGGUCCUGAAGGUCAGUCUGAAGGUCGGUCCUGAAGGUCGGUCCUGAAGGUCGGUCCUGAAGGUCGGCCCUGAAGGUCGGUCCUGAAGGUCGGCCCUGAAGGUCGGUCCUGAAGGUCGGUCCUGAAGGUCGUCCUGAAGGUCGGUCCUGAAGGUCGGUCCUGAAGGUCAGUCCUGAAGGUCGGUCCUGAAGGUCGGUCCUGAAGGUCGGUCCUCCACAGGAACUUCAAUAUACUCUGUGAAAAUAUCUUGUUUUAUAAUCUUGACUAAAACAACCAGAUUUAACGAGAGUCCACUCCUCAGUCACAUGAUCACACUGUUUACUGCAGGUUAUUGAGGCCACACCCCCUACAUGCUCUGGUCACUCCUCCAUCACAUGAUUGACAGAUGAUUUCUCGAACCCUGGAGGCCAAAGACGUUUGAGUCAAGUUCUGAUAAUAUUCUGGGGUCAAUAGAUUUGAUCAAUAAUAGUUUUAAUAUUUAAAUGAAAACAGGAGCUAAAUGUUAUUUUUAUGUCAUCGACCGUUUAAAGGUCGAGGUCAUCAUGGCGGCGGUCGUUUCCUCAGAUUCUGUUUCACCUGACAGACGGUUUUCUGUAACCAAACCAUCAAUUAUUGAUCAACUAUCAAAUAUUUUAAAGACCGUUCAGCUGUUUAUCGACUAUAUUUCUGUUCAUGACAUUGCAUUAGUGUUUUGUUAUUUUAUUCACGUUCACCAUCUGAUGUGUGGAAGAUUUUCACACAAGCUGAAGGAGAAACAUUUAUGUCUGAAUACGAUAGAGUUUGUUUAAUUACCACCAAUUUACAGUUAAUUCCCAGAAUUCCAAUGGAAAGUUUCCAAUUUGGAAUAUUUCCAGAACUCCCCACCUUAACUUCCCAUGGAAAGUUUCUGGAAAUUUACCGGAAAUUUUCCGCCCCUUUGCGACCCGAGACCUGAACCAGGUCGGAGCGACCGAACAGGAUGUUUAGUUUUCAGUUAAAGUUAAAGUUAAACCCGACCUGCAGAGAGUCUUCGGUCAGGACCUCAACACACCUGCGCAUCGUCAGCAAAACAGGGAAAAGGAACGCCAUCCUUUCUAAACGUGGACCUCAAGGGGAGAACAGAAGGGGACCCAGAACUGACCCCUGGAGGACCCCACACAUCAGAGGGGUGACUGUGGAAGAAAACUGGCCCGUGUGCACAGAAGUAGAUCUCAGAGAGGUUCGAUCUGAACCGGCUCAGAGCAGUGGGUGAUGGGAGGACUGAGUGAUCCACCGUGUCAAACGCCGCUGUCAGGUCAAGGAAGGUUAAAAAGGCGGAGCUUCCAGAAUCAAAGUUUAACGAAAGGUCGUGAAAAAGUUUGAAAAGAGCCGUUUGAGUCUGUGAGAGUCGACGUUAAUCCUUCAGGUCUGGAUCUCUUUUUCCACAGAUGUCACCAGACCAGCAGACCACAGAGAUGAGUCCACCUCCACCACACCUGAUCCGGAUCAGGACCAGAGUGAAGACCCUGCAGAGACCUCCACAGCAGACGUCCUCACAGUCACGUUGGACUCCGAGUCCUCUGAUCCGGUCUCUCUGUUGACCUCCUCCCUCUCAGUGACUCCGCCCUCGCCCGCUGUGGAGGUGGAAGCGAGCUCCCCGGAGAUCUUUACCUUCAUGAGUAAUUGUUCAUCUGGAGCCGAGCAGCUGGAGGACAUGCAGGACAAACUGGAGCAUGAAGGAUUAGGAGAAAACCCAGAGAUCCUCCUCUGUCCCACCCAGAACUCCACCGACACCGAUGAAGACGAGGGAGGUCAGGAGGUCGGCGAGGGAUCAGGUGAGUCAUCUGGAGACGGAGGUCAGGAGGUGAAACCAGAUCCGACUCUGUCAGCCGGAGUUCACGGUGAGGACGGGUCUGAGUCUGACGUUAAAAUCACUCUGAUCCCUCAUCUGAGCCGAACACCCGGCUGGGAACCAGAACCUUCAACGUCCACGCCGCAGGAGUCUCGCUCUGACCCGGAAUACAGCGGCGAGCCACCCGCCAAUCAGGACUCAGAUGACGUGUCCAAGGAGCAGGACGUCCAUGUGGAGGACUCGACCGACAACAGUGAGUUUAAAACCCGAGUCUGAAAAACUGUCAUUUAAGUGUCACUAAAAACUGACCGUCUCUGCAGAUCCUGGACCAGAGGGCCGAGACCAGGAGACCAGCACAGACCAGCCUCCGAUUAAAAUCUGCACAUGGAGGCCGGACCAGGAGGAGACCGUCGCUGCGACUCUGAGCUCAGACACAGACGCCGAUCCCAGCGCCGGCCCCGAGGAUUUCCAGAGACGGCGUGAAGAACAGACGGCCAUGGCGGCCUCUCUGCCCGCUGUUCAGGUGUCUGCUGCGAAACAAGGAGGAUCUGCAGGUACGUCCAGACCGGACCAGGAGCCGAGGGUCCGCUGGGAGCAGGAACACCAGACGGGCUGACCUGAAAAUAUAGAGAUGCUGAUUAUAGAUGCUAAUUAUAGAUGCUGAUUAUAGAUGCUGCAGUUUUUAGAGAGAUGAACUUCAAAAUACUCUUUACUCUGCAGAGGACCGUCUUUAUUAACAUCUCCGAUAAUCCAGGUGGAAAACUAAGGAAGUGACAAUAACCGUACAGGAAGUUUAAUUCUGUCUUAUUUUUGCUUCAGCAGCUCAUAGAGAAGCAGUAUUGAUUAUUCUUCAGUGUUUUAUCAGAGUUUUCAGAGAACGAUCGCUGCUUUUUCUGUCUCUGUGAAGCUCUUUGUAGCUUUUCUCCAAAUCAGAGUUUUUAUUUUAAUUUUAUUUUUUUUAAAGUCGUGGUCAGAGUCAGACAAAGUGAUCAGAGUUCUAAUGUGAUUGAGAGGUUAAAAAAAACACAUUUAUCUUUAAAGUGUGAUAUUUACCGAGAGUUUAAACUUUUUCAUCAGGACCAAAUCUUCAGUAACUGUGCAGAGUUUAAAAUCAUGUUACAAAGAGACUCAAACAGGAUUUUAUACUUUUAUCAUGAAGGGUUUUAUAAAAAAUUAAGUGAAUCCUGUUUUUAUGGAUUCAUGAGAACAGGAUUCACUCUCCACCUCCUCAGAUUUUAAAGAAGGGUUAAUACUGUCAGAAAAAAAAAUUAUAAUAAUAUUAAUAUUAAUAAUUAAUAUUUAACUCGACAUGUAAUAAAUACAGGAUAUAUAAGAGUUUACAUUUUAGGAUAAAAUUAGAAAAUAAAACAUCUUAGAGGUGGACGUUGUCGACAGAAAACACCAAAAUCUGCACAAACUUCAACGUCUUCAUGAAUAAAAUUUAAUCUUUAAAAAUCUGAUCAAACAUAAAUACAGUAUUUUACUGACACAUCAGUGUUUUUUACUGUCUGAGUAACAGAGACGGGGAAAUCUCCAGAUUCAUGUUUCUGUUUUGAUCAGAUAUAGGACAGAGCUGUGGGCCGUACCUGCUGCAACAGCGCCCCCUGCUGGUUGAAAAUAGGACUGAACAGGAUGAUAUAUUCUGAUAUUUGAUGACCUUUUUUUAAAGGACUUAUUGUGCUGUAAAAUAAACUGAUGAUGAAGUCUGAAAGAUCAUUUUGGUGUUCAGUCAGAGCUCAGUCCUGCACACGACAUUUUUAUUUUAGUUCGUUCUCCUCAUGUCUGAAAAUUUAAACUUAAAGUUGGAGGGAAAAGAAGAAGAAAACCGACGAAACUAUAAACGAAUGAGCUCAGAUAUCAGAUCAGAAUCUUAUUUAUGUGAACAUUCAGAUAAAACUCAUCAUUACAUCUUUAUUUCUGAUACUUUAAUCAUGAAUUUCAGUAAAUGCAGAAAACUGCUCUGGUCUUCUCCUCCUGCAGACUCGUGUUUGGAGAACCCGUGUCUGAACGGAGGAACUUGUGUGGACGGAGAAACCCUGAGCUGCGUUUGUCUGUCCGGUUAUGGAGGAGACUUCUGCGAGACAGGUUCGAUGUUUGUAAGAUUCUUGAAAUGACGAUAUUAAGACGAUUUAUCUGAUUGAUGUUUUUAUUUUUUGAAUCCAGACGUGGAUGUGUGUGAACCCGGCUGGGAGAAGUUUCAGGGCUUCUGUUACCGUCACUUCACCACGAGGCAGAGCUGGGAGGCGGCUGAGCAACACUGUCGCAUGUGUGGAGGUCAUCUCCUGUCCGUCAUGACCCCCGAGGAGCAGGACUACAUCAACGGUGAGUUCAUGAAGAAGAGCGUAAUGUAGGGUAACAGGGGCGAGGGCGGAGCGACGGAGCGAUGGAGCGAUGGAGCGACGGAGCGGUCUGUAACAGAAUCAAACAAGAGUGAUGAAAAAAAGAAAAUAUAAAAAUAUAACAAAAACAAGCGAAAAUACCACAGAGUGACACGUAAAAAAGAGUCACUAAACAAAUAAAAGAAAGUACAAAACAACAUUUAUUUCACAAAAACCUCCAAAAAAUGAAAACAAAGACAGACAAAACAAACAAAAUUUACACAAAAUGAAGGAGUGCAACAAAAGGAGACACAAAAUAACAACAAAGUGAAAAAAACAAGGACUAGAGAUUAAAAAUGACAUUUAUUUAACACAAAAUAAACAACUUUAUACAAAAGAGCAACACGAGGACACAAGGCUUUUAUUUUGAAGGGCCUGAUUCAUGCUCUUUGAUCUGAUAAUAAACUAAUUUCAGCACAAAGUUAAUAACAUGUUAAAAAGUAUUAAAAACAUUUCCGAUGUUUAACCUUUGGGUCUGACCUCUACAGUUUAACUCUCUUUACUCAGUUUUUAUUUUUAUUUCUGUUUUUUGUGGAUCGUACUCAUAAAAAAACUCAAAACUUUCAGGAUUUAUUUAUUUCACAGUUUAUUUGUAUGUAAAGUGAUUUAUGUGCAAACAGAGAUUUACUUUAAACAUGAACACGUGAGGAAACUUCUUCAAUCUGAUGGAUAAACUAAAGCUGUGUCUCUCAGAUCUUUGGUGUUUGAAACACAAAGAAGAGGAUUUUGUUCUUCGUUUCCUGCAGAUAUCCCAGCAGCCAUCUCUCCUCCUCACAUUCCUCACACACUGAGACGUUUCUAAAACCUUUUAAAGACCAGACUCAACAGAGACCCUCUACGUCUGUCUGACCCGCUCGUUCUUCAGGAAACAUCCGAGGGUUUGAAGUCAGUGUUAGUGUUUGGUCUAACAGCGAGGUGGUGAGAUAGUUAUCGGACAUUCCUCUGCGCUCAGGCUGAGGGUUUCUCUGCAAACAGACUCAGGCUAAAUAAGAGUUAAAGGUGAAGGAGAGAAAUCAGCCGGUUUACUGUAAAACUUUAGAGUCUGUAUUCAGAGGAGCAGCUCUGAAGUUGAUUAAAGCUGAUUUUAAAACGUUUCUCUGACUCUUCUUUUCUCUCUCCGCUCAAACAGAGAAAUACAAAGAGUACCAGUGGAUCGGACUGAACGACCGGACCAUCGAAGGAGACUUUCGCUGGUCAGACGGGAACCCUCUGGUGAGUUUAACUCCGAGUCCACAGCUUGUUUUGAUUCGUUCAUUAUAAUAUCACCAAAAUGAUGAAAAGAUAAAAAAAGUGCUGGAGAGGCCAUGCAGUGGACCGUCACUCCUAAAACCUUCAGAAACCAGCAGUGAUCUGCAGCCCUGAACCAAAACAAAACCCAGCAGAUAAAAACAUGAGACCACUGAGACUACGUUUACACGUGCACAGCUGUUUUCAUAAACAGACAUUUCACCUUCUCCGUUCACAAAAAAACUGCGUGCACACUCCUACAUUUUCAGAAAAGUUUUCGUUUACAAUAACUCGUGUAGAAACGCCGUCAAGAGCGUGCCAAACCUGUAGGUGGCAGUGUAGCGAGAAGCUGAAGCUCACGUUAGCCAAUCAGAAUCCUGCAAAAGAACAACAACAACAACAUCAACGUCACUUCCUUCAUUCUGCUGCACAAUCCGCCGUCUGCUUCCCAAAUCCCCGUUUUUCUCUGUUUACAUACAAACGUGAGAACAGAGUUUCCCAAAGUCUUCACUCCGACUUUUUAAAAAUCAUCGUUUUCAGGGGCGAAUUCUCCGUUUGCGUCUAAACGAAGCGUGCAAACGAUGGUUAAUGUCUCCGUUUUUAAAAAUAACCGUGUAGAAACAAACGGGGCCUCAGAGAAUUAGGUGUUUUUUUUGCACCGUGAGAGAAAAAUGAAUCUGACUCCAAAUGAAUCCAUGAGGGAUGAUUUAAACUGCAGAGACUGUUUGCUCAGAGUAUUAAACUAAAUCAGAUAAAGCAGUAAAGACCUGCUUCAAAUACAGGCCUGCCUCAUAUAAAGGUUCGUUUGUUCACUGCCUGAAAACUGAUUUUUACUCUCGGUUUUUGACCCACAGCAGAGGUGUGUGUUUUCUGUCUCUGUCUGUUUUUUUAUAUGAUUUUUAUUUUAUUUUAUUUCUUUAUUAUUUAUUUGUUUUUACGCGGUUUGAUCAUGAUUCUUCUUUUUAAUUCUUUUUAAUUCUCAGAUGUUUUAUGCUCUCUGUGUUUUAACUUGAUGGUUUUUUUAUGUGUUAAAGGAAUAAAGAGGACAGGAUGACGGUCUGAAACUUUAGUCUGCCAUAAUCCUCUCUGUACUUCCUGUCUGAUGUUUGUUUCAGUCUCUGUAAAACUCAAAGGAAUGAAGUUUUGACAGAAAAUGAAAAUAUGAAUGAAUGAGUUUUUUUAACCCCAAAGAUCAGAGGUCACCUCCUCUUGUCUCGUCCUCAUCAGGAACAUUUUUAACUCCUCUGACUCGAGAUUGAACUCGUUACACUCUCAUGUUCAAAGGUCAAAGGUGAAGGUCCCUGUUUGCACAUACCUGUCCAAAUAACGGAGACGCAACACCUCAGAACCAGAGGAGGGACUUAGUUAGACCUGGUUUUACUAUGUUGAGAGAACCAUCUGUGUUUGCUGUGGACCAUCCUGCAGAGACUCAGAGACGCUCUGUGGAGCAGCUCCUCACCUGGUCGCUCCAGGAGAACAUGAUGAACAUAAAAUAGAUCCUGACAGGUUUUCAUUAAACCCCGUGGUUCUGCUCUGUCUCCUUCAGCUCUAUGAGAACUGGUACAGAGGUCAGCCUGACAGCUACUUCCUGUCUGGUGAGGACUGUGCGGUGAUGGUGUGGCACGACGGCGGCCGCUGGAGCGACGUGCCGUGUAACUACCACCUGUCCUACACCUGCAAGAAGGGUAUCUGUGAGUGCGCCUCGUCGGGUCUGAGUCAGCUCUUUUUUUAAAUAAAGAGGUAAAGACGAGUUUUUUUUUCUCUCUUUAUCUUCAUCCUUCAGCUUCCUGCGGCGAGCCCCCCACAGUCCCAAACGCUAAGGUGUUCGGGAAGAAGAGGUCGCGCUAUGAGACCAACAGUAGGGUGCGGUAUUACUGUGAGGAGGGUUUUGUACAAAAACUGAAGCCUGUGAUCACAUGUCUGCCCGACGGCCAAUGGGAGGAGCCUCUGACCACCUGCGUGCCGAGUAAGUAAAAUAAAAUCAAUCACAGAGUAACGAGGGAGAAACCUUCUGCUGAUCGGUGUCCCUCCUGCAGCUCAUCCAGUGGAAGAAGACUCGGUCACUCCUCUUCCUCACCAGCAGGAGGCAGCAGUGGAGGCUGCAGAGGCGGUGGAGGCCACAGCGACGGCGGCGGCCGCCACAGAGAAAGCAGCUCCUCCUCUUUUCUGGGACAUUAAGUGGAACUUUUAA